AUGAAGUCCGUAGCUGUCCUCCCUGCCAUCUUGGCGCUGGCAAACGCCCAUGCCACUUUCCAACAACUCUGGAAGAACGGAAAGGAUCUUGAGAGCACCUGUGCCAGGUUGCCACCUUCCAACAGCCCUGUUGAGGACUACACCAGCAACGCUCUUCAAUGCAACGUCAGCCCCGCUCCUGCUGAAGGAAAGUGUGACUUCGAGGCCGGUGACACAGUAACCAUUGAGAUGCACCAGCACAACACCCGUGACUGCAAAGAGGAAGGUCUUGGUGGUGCUCACUGGGGCCCUGUCCUCGCAUACAUGUCCAAGGUUGAGGACGCAGCCACCGCCGAUGGUUCCAGCGAAUUCUUCAAGGUUUACCAGAACACCUGGGCCAAGAACCCAGAUGCCACCCAGGGUGACAACGAUUUCUGGGGUACCAAGGACCUCAACUACAACUGCGGAAAGCUCGACUUCACCAUCCCCAAGAACAUCGCCCCUGGUGACUACCUCCUCCGUGCUGAGGCCAUCGCCCUCCACGCUGCAGGCCCCGCCGGUGGUGCUCAACACUACAUGACUUGCUACCAGCUUACUGUCACCGGUAGCGGAACUCUCGAGCCCAAGGGUGUUACCUUCCCUGAGGCAUACUCCAAGACUGGUCCCGGUCUUGGUUUCUCCAUCCACGCCGAUCUCGACUCAUACCCUGCUCCUGGCCCUGAGCUCAUCGCUGGCGGCACCGAGGCUACUCCUCAGCUUCUCACUUUCGGCGAGCUUGCUGGUGCCCCUGCUGCCACCGCUACUGGUGGUGCCGCUGAGACUCCCGCUGCUUCCACUCCGGCUUCCGUUGCUGCCUCUUCCACCGCCGCUCCUGCUACUAGCAGCGCUGCUGUUGAGGCUGAGCCUUCUUCCGUUGCCCCAGUUGAGGUCUCUUCCGCUGUCGAGAGCUCUGCUGCCGCUACCUCUGUCGCAGCUUCCUCCGCGGCUGCCCCGGUUGAAUCUGAGGCUGCCCCUACCCCUACUCCUGAUGUCUCCAGCGUCGUUGCCCCCUACCCAGUAGCAAACAGCACCUCUUCCAUGCUUCCCGGCACCGCAUCCCCCAUCGUCACUUCCAGCACCGUUGCUGGUCCUACCACCAUGCUUACCGCUGUCCGUCCCACCCAGACCGCCGAAGUUUCCGGUCCCAUCAAGGAGUACUACCAGUGCGGUGGUCAGGGCUUCAAGGGUACCAGCGAGUGCGCCGAGGGUCUUGAGUGCAAGGAAUGGAACCCGUGGUACUCUCAGUGCGUCAAGCCCGAGGCUACCAAGCCUGGUCCUUCCAAGGGCCCCAUGCCUUCCUCCGCUGCUGCUUCCAAGCCUACCGCCACUGCCGUAGCACCUAAGCCUACCGCCGAGGCACCUAAGCCGUCUGCUGCUAAGCCUACUUCCGCCGCCGCCGAGGCUGAGCCUACCUCUGUAGCACCCGUUGCCGUUGAGCCCUCGAAGCCUGCUGCUUCAUCUGCACCCGCUGCCGGCGCUGGUGAGAAGACCUACACCCUUGAGACCUUCAUUGCUUUCCUUGAGCAGGAGGCCGGUAGCGAGUCUGCUGCCAAGAUUCGUCGUAUGAUUGAGGCUCUUCAGUAA